AUGGCCACAACCACCACAACCAACACAGCAACCCCAUCCGACCCGGAGAAAUUCAUGCACACCUCCGGAGGCACCGACCCGGUGUGGGUGCACAAACAGCCCUACUCGGCGCUGCCGACCUUUCCCCCUUUAACCCAGGACCUAUCGACGGAGGUUUGCGUCAUUGGAUGCGGGAUCGCAGGGAUCCACACGGCGUACGAGCUAGUGAAGCGCGGGAAGCAGGUAACCAUGAUCGAGGCGCGCGACGCGCUCUCGGGCGAAUCCGGCCGCACCAGCGGCCACCUCACCAACGACCUCGACGACGGGUUCUUGGAGAUUGCCAAGAAGCACGGCGAAAAGGGGGCCAAGCUCGCCGCAGAAAGCCAUGCGUGGGCGAGGGAUCGGAUCGGGGAGAUUAGUGCGCAGCUCGGGAUUGAGUGUGAGUAUCGCAAGUUGAAGGCGUAUGAUGUCAGUCAGUAUGCGAGGGGGAGUAAGGAGUGGGAGGGGGAGGUGAAGGAGUUGAAGGAGGAGGCGGAGAUGCAGGCUAAGUUGGGGAUGAGGACUUGGUAUGACGAAAAUCUCACUGUCCGCGGUUGGAACGGCAAGCCAGACCAGCGGGGAGGCCUGGUUGCGGAUAACCAGGCGACCUUCCACCCGACCAAGUAUCUUGGCGGGGUGCUGGCCUGGCUGAAGCAGCAGCCCAAUUUCCAGUGCUACACGCGCACGCGGGUCAUGUCGGUUCAUGAGAAGGGCGUCGAGCUGCUCGGCAUGGGCCACAAGUCGGUCGAGAUCAAGACCGAGACGGGACACACCAUCAAGGCAGAGUACGCUGUCGAGGCCACGUGCGUCCCGCUGCAGAAGCUGUCGGUCAUCACGGAGCUCGAGUACUACCGCACCUACUGCAUCGCCGUCCGCGUGCCCCGCGGCAGCGUCGAGGACUGCCUGCUGUACGACAACGCCGACGAGUACAAGUACGUGCGGCUAACGGCGUGCGACGACAAGGACGACUACCUUGUCGUGGGCGGGUGUGAUCACAAGGUUGGUCAGGAGGAGACGCUGCCGCGGUUUGGCGAGCUGGAGACGUGGACGCGCGAGCGCUUCCCCCAGGCCGGCGCCGUCGACUACCGCUGGAGCGGGCAGAUCUUUGAGCCUGUCGACUACAUGGCCUUUAUCGGCAAGAACCAGGGCAAUGACAAGAUAUACAUCGUCACGGGCGACUCUGGUGAUGGCUUGACGCACGGUGUGUUGGCCGGGCGGCUGAUUGCCGACGAGAUUGACGGCGUGCUGAAUGACUGGGCCUCGCUCUACAGUCCUAAGCGGCUUGGGAGCAUUUUGAAGAGCUUGCCUGGAAUGGUGGCACACGAUGUGCAGAUCAAUACCCAAUACAAGCGGUUUUUGAAGAGCGAUAUUACCGACAUUGAGGAUCUUGUACCGGGCACUGGUGGCGUGUUGAAUCCGAUGACUGGAAAGCCACUAGCGGUUUACAAGGACGAAAACGGCAAUGUGAAGAAGUUCAGCGCUCUUUGCCCGCAUCUCAAAGGCGUCGUUUGCUGGAACCACGCCGAAAAGAGCUUCGAUUGCCCCGUUCACGGCAGCCGCUUCUCCAAGGAGGGCGUGUGUAUCAAUGGGCCGGCAAAAGCCAACCUUAGCCCGGCUGACAAGCCAGGCGAAAUGGGCCAGGCGAUUGCUACCGGGGCGGGUAUGUAG